CAUCGAUGGCAUUCUCAACCCUCAGCUAUCUAGCCCCUUCUGGAACAUUAUCUUGAGGUCGUGAUGAUGGUGGUGAUGGUGGUGAUGAUGAUAAUGGUGGGAUCUCUCUUCAUCUUUACAACAGAGGUUGAUGCCGCCUUGGUCUGCACUACUCCUUUCAGCGACAAGUUCAAGGACGUUUCCGCGUCCCCCGGCGGGAUCCUCAUCGGCGUUGGGAGCGACAGAGACGUCAAAAUCUGGUCCAGUUGCUCUUGGCGAUCGAUGGGGGCGAUGUUUGAUCGGAUAUCGAUCGGUGGCCGAGGUCGGGGUGCCGCAACGUCGAGUGGAGACCUCUACGCAUGGGCGAGAACCGACGACUGGAACGUGUACUACUACCACGGAUACGCGUGGUACCAUGUGAUGGUUGGCGUACAGUCAUUCACGGGCGGAGCCCCGGGCUACAUCUACGCCACCGGUGAAAGGGACGGCUAUUUCAGCGUCAUCUGUGACAGGGCGCCCGCGCCUGGCGAGCACCCGUCCCGGAUUACGACCUCGAAAAGUCUCUUGAAUAUCAUCGCCAGCGUCUACGCCGUAGGCUGCUCGCCCAACGAAUGCUGGGCCUGCGACUCCUCAUCCCGUAUGUGGCAUAAGCCCAACGUUGACUGCGCCAACACGACGUGGGUGAGGGGUCCAGACCCUCCGGCUUUAGCCAAGAAAAUAGAGGUGGACUCCGCGGGUGGAGUCUACCUCCUCGGAAUCGAUGCACGACUCUACUACAG